CGGGAGGCAAACCCCACGCUGUAGCUGUGUUUUCGGGAGGAGAGCUUAGCAGUGCCCACACCUCUCCCUCCUCAUCGCUCUGGUGUCUCGGCUCUCUUUUUUAGCUCUUCUGUCUUGACUAGAAAAAAGGAUCUAGCAGCUUCUGUGCUCCUGACAACUGAUAACUUGGAGCGUUUUCUGGUUCAGCUACAUCUGGAUUCCAAUGGUCAUGGUCAAAGAAAAAGUGGCUCAUGCACAAGACACGCACCACCACCAGUCCUCAGAGAAGCCCCUGAUCCAGUGCUACAAGUGUGGUGAACCAUGUAAGGGUGAGGUUCUCCGAGUGCAGAACAAGCACUUUCACCUCAAGUGCUUCACCUGUAAAGUGUGUGGCUGCGACCUUGCACAGGGGGGCUUCUUCAUGAAGAAUGGAGAGUAUCUGUGCACGCUGGACUACCAACGCAUGCACGGCACCCGCUGCAAUGGCUGUGGGGAUUUUGUUGAGGGAGAAGUGGUCACUGCCCUGGGCAAGACCUAUCACCCUGCCUGCUUCGUCUGCACCAUCUGCAAACGACCCUUCCCUGCCGGGGACAGGGUGACCUUUAAUGGGAAAGACUGUCUAUGUCAGUACUGUGUCGAGCCCAUGUCUCCAGGACCGAAGGACAUCCUGGGGUCCAGCAAUUGUGCAGGAUGUGGCCGGGACAUUAAGAAUGGACAAGCUCUUCUUGCGCUGGACAGACAGUGGCAUCUGGGCUGCUUUAAGUGUAAAGCUUGCAACAAAGUUCUGACUGGGGAGUACAUCAGCAAGGAUGGCGCCCCCUACUGUGAGAAGGACUAUCAGAUCCAUUUUGGAGUUCAGUGCGAGGCGUGCCAUCAGUUCAUCACAGGGAAGGUGUUAGAGGCAGGAGAUAAGCACUACCACCCCAGCUGUGCGCGAUGCAGCAGGUGCAAUCAGAUGUUCACAGAAGGAGAAGAGAUGUAUUUGCAAGGGUCAACAGUGUGGCAUCCUGGCUGCAAGAACACUACUAGAACAGAGGAGAGGCACAGGGAGCGGCUUUUGCCUCCGUCCCUCUUAUUCCUCCAAAAAACAGAAAGGCAGCCUACGAGGUCGUCAUCUGAAAGUAUUUGUUCCAGACCUGGUUCAAGCAUACCUGGCUCACCGGGUCACACGAUCUAUGCAAAAGUAGACAAUGAGAUCCUUGAUUACAGAGACCUAGCUGCCAUUCCAAAAGUCAAAGCCAUUUAUGACAUUGAACGCCCUGAUCUUAUUACCUAUGAACCUAUGUACACAACCUCCCUGGAUGAGAGAGAGGAGAGACAAGAGAGUGUGGGAGAGCUCCAUAAUGCCAGGAGAGAACGUUCUUCCUUGCCUGAUGACAAGUCCUCAAGAAACAUGUCCCCAACACCACCUGGAGAGGUUUAUUAUGACAGGAGGGAGCGGAUCCUUCAAAGGUCCACUAGUCAGGGAUCCAUAGGAUCACCAGUUUAUAAUCGCCAUGGUUAUACCCCCACACUGUCUCGCUCACCGCAGCAUUUCCACAGGCCAGAGGCUCUCACAGGCAUGCAGAAGCUCUGCUCCUCUCUGUGCAGUAACAGUGUGGGCUCCAGAAAUAGUGAUUCCCGCCCCACAUCCCCUUUCAGACACCACUUUCUCCCCCAUAGCCAAGGCACUGACCCACCAAGUGGCCGGAGCUCCCCCCUCCCGCUCAGGCCCGACAGCCGGCCGGUCACACCGCCUCUCUCUCAGACCCCAAAACAUUUUCACCUCCCAGAUCAGGGGAGCAACAUCUACAGAAAACCACCCAUCUACAAACAAUACGGUUCAGAGGGGAGGAGGCGAUCUAGAGAAGAGGAGGAGGAAGAGGCUUUGAAAAGAAAGCAACUCCAGGAAGAGCAUCUCAGUAAGAUUCAGUCUGGUUUGGGGAAGCUCAUUCUGAAGGAGGAGAUGGAAAAAGAGCAGAUCAGGGAGCGGCAUGCACGGAGCCUCUCUGCUCAGCGCUAUGAUCCCAAACAAAGCAACUGUGAUGCAGAUCCUACUUCUCCAACCAAGACUAACUCUCUGCCUGGUUAUGGAAGGAAUGGGCUACAUCGGCCUCAGUCAACAGAUUUCACCCAGUACAACAGCUACGGUGACAUGUGUGGGGGAGGCAGAGAGUUUCAGCACAUUAAGGAUGGCCGUGCAGCACUUGCAAGGAUGGACAGGGGAGUAUCUAUGCCUAAUAUGUUGGAACCGAAAGUGUAUCCCUAUGAAAUGCUCAUGAUAACCAGUAGAGGGAGAGCUAAACUACCCAGGGAUGUGGACAGAACCAGACUGGAGCGCCACUUAGCACCUGAAACGUUCUUUGACAUCUUUGGAAUGGAGAUCCAGGAGUUUGACAGGCUUCCCCUGUGGAAACGCAACGACAUGAAAAAGAAGGCCAAGCUCUUCUAGCUCUCAGAGCAGCAUGCAUUACUCUGUACAUUCAUUUAGAUAGCACACAACAACUGUAAUCUAAAUGUAGGUUCUGAUUUUAUUUGCUUUUCUUCUGUUUUUUUUUUUUUUUAAUCUUUUUGUUUUAUCCUGACAUAACUGAGAAAGCCAUGAAAUGGACUGUGCUCUGAUGCUUCCUGAGACGAUGAACUGAAAUAUUUGUCCAGUUAGACUUACAGAGCAAUCAGUGAUUGGGAAUAUCUUCCAUGCUCAAACAUGACAAAGAAUGAGAAUGAAUGAUGAGUAUGAAGCUAUACAGUUUGACUGCGCUUGUUUUACCUCCUGCUUUGCUUUGAGUGGAACUGCUUUCCUUAUUUUCUUGCUUGUUUCCUCCUACUAUUUGUUGCUGUUGAUUCCUGUGGAACUUUGUAUUUACAUUAGAACCUCAUGGCAUCAUUACAAAAUGCCCAUGCUUGUAGCUUCAAUGUGUGUCAGCUUUCCUUCGCUUGGGCUGAAACUGUUUUCAGCCCAAAGUUUGCAAGAAUCGGCUCAGUGAGUCUUUAAAUAAAAACGAAACGUCUCUGGGAAAACAGUCAGCUAACCCACCAACUGUUUUACUGGAUCUACAAGGAAAUGAAUCAUCCAAGCACCAACUUUUCAUCAGUCUUCUUCCCCUGGCUUUUGUGCACACAAAACUUUCAUCUGAGCAGACGAAAACGGUCUCUCUUCUCAGGCUCUCAUAAACACGAUUAGACACUUCUCCCUUUACAUUUAUUGGAAGUACAAAUCCUAAUAUAUUUUAAUGCCGUAGCCGAUGUAAAGUAACUGAUAAAUACAUCAAAACCCAUUAUGUAAGAAACAACUGUAUUUGAAAAUAUUGUUUUAUAAAUGAAAACCCACACUGCCAUUUGUUGUAAUGAAAUCUAAGCCAAUAAAGCUUUAAAUCACCAUGAA